UGUCUUGUGUUAAUUAAUAUGUGAAUAAAUAAUGGAAAUAUGGAAGCCAAAACAGUUCAUCUUUUAUUAUAAUAAUCAUAUUAUAUUUUUUGUCCUCUUUAUAAAAGAGAUUUUAAUGAUAGUAAAACUGAAGUCUGUAAUCAGUUAUAUCAGACAUACAGAUUUUAGAUUAUUAAUCUCUAUAGUGUAGAGCUGGGGGCAAUGCAUCAAAAAUAGUUUUCAUAUCCGCUUAAGGUCAUUUCAGGAAGUGAGAGCCAAAGAAAUGCAUCAUGUAGCCUUUGUCUGAGUGUAGAAGUAACAGCUGCAAAAUGAAAUUUCAGUGGUUCAUGUUCAGAGCUCUGUGGAUUCUCCUCAUUUUACCAACUUUCAGUGGAGAAAGCCUGUGCAAAAGUGAACUUUUACUAAGCAGUAACAUUUCUACUGAGCUCCAGUCUGAUGUCCUGCUGCCGUGUAACUUUAAUCCAACUCUCCUCGGAUCAGAUAAGACUGCAGAUAUAGCAGUAGUGUGGAGUCAGAGGAACACAACAAUACACAAUCUAGUGGAGAUCACUCUACAGGGAAAUGUAAUGUUUUGGGAUACUAAAGGUGGACGUAUCAAGACGUUCGCUAAGCUCUCUGAAUCAGGAAACUUCUCCAUCCUCCUUCAGAAAGUGCAGCCGUAUGAUCUGGGUCUCUACCUCUGUGAGCUGUUUAACGGGACCGGCUGCAGAAUCGCGUAUCAGGAGCUACAGCUUGAUAGCAUCCAACAAAGCCAAGAGAACUAUCAGUUAAUGUGGAGCACAGUUGGAGCACUCUCAGGAGGAAUUGUGCUGCUUGCUGUAUUCACAACCUGUUUGUUACAUGCAAAACGCAGACAGAAUAUCACUGUUAUCGAGGCUGACUAUGAAAACGUUGUGGGUGCAACAGCACACUCAGACAGAGGAAGUGAAUCAAGAGAGAAUCCAAUAUAUGUCACUUCCUGUCAGCCAUAAUCAAGUAACAAUGCAAGAGAAAAGGAAGGGCUUUCAUCUGAUACUCCAGUGUAUGCCACUGUCAAGAAAGGAAAAAUAGUUAAUAGAACCUAAAGGAAGCCAUAAACACAGUGUGACAUUUUAUAGGAAAACAGUUUAUGAUGACAUAUGUACUAAAACUGAAUAUAUAUAGUUUGAUAAUUUACCCCAUGUCAUUCUUAUUAUGCAGUCAGUAGCCAAGUUUCUGUCCACUUUUACGCUUUUCUGUUAUUGGCAAACUGAAAGUGUGUAAAAAAAAUUUUUUUUUAAAGUUUCUCGAAAUUUGCUGUCUUCUGCCUGUUUCCAUACAAUUGGCCUUUUACUGAUAAAAUGGUGAGCAUGAUGCUGUCAUCCUUUAAAAAAACAAAUUGUCUCAAAAGUUUUGGUGUAUCGCAAAAGAAAUCUGCCCUUGAGCCGUUUCCAUACAUAAUUUUAUAUUGCAAAUUGUGUACCUUUUGUGUCCCACAUGUCUUCAGAUUUGUAAAAUGGAGAGAGUAUUGAGAAAAUGAAAUGAAACUGGGCAGCUUCCUGUUAUUUUAAUUUCACAAAUAAUUGCAAUUGUAUGAAAUAUCAGAAGACAACGUUAGAAUGGAGUAGUUGCUUGUCUGAUAGGGCUCCAGGUAAUUGUUCUUAUGCGACUAAGCCCAUGGGUCUGAGAGGUACUGGUGGAGAGACACUUCACAGAAAGUCUCUGGCUGCAAAGUUUAGAAUGUCACGGCCCACGUUUGAGAUGCUGUGCCAAUUAACUGGUCCUGAUGUUGGGCCCAUCGCAGGUUGCCACCGACCACCGGUUCUGACCCGAAGGUGGAUUGCCAUCGUUCUGUUCAAGCUGGCAACCGGCACUGAGUACAGAGUAGUGGGGGAAACUUUCAGGGAUAAUAAAAUGACAAUCCAUCAAUGUGUGUAUGCUGUGUGCACAACUAGGAAAGAAAAAUUAACAUGCAUUAUAUCAGGCUACCGAAUGUAGCGGAGGCCAAUGAAAUCCAUGCCAUAACCUUGCUUCUUAUCACAUCUUGGAUUGGAUGGAUUCAUUCUCUCAUGACACUGUAUUUUUUACAUGAAUGCCAUUUUUCUCGAUAAAAACUGAAGAAUCGGCUUAUAAUUUAAACUAAAUUUAAACUAAAAAACAAUAUUAUGUCGACACUUGUGAAAUUUUAUGGAUAAUUUGAAUGAAACAAUGACUUACUCAUAAUAUCUAAAAAAAAAAAAAAAAAAAAAAAAAAAAAAAACAUUGGCGCCCCCUGCUGGUGCAAUUAUCUAACUUACGGAAAGGGACACAGAACGAAUCUGAAUCUUUCUGGUGAACGGAGAAAACUAGCUAAUUGAGUAAAACUUUUUAUGAACUUGAGCACUUAGAAAGUAGAAAGCAUCUUAUUUUCCUUUGGAUUCCCAGUUGCUUCACCUUUGACCUAAUUCAGAGGUUCUCAACCUUAUGUAACUAAAGCCCCACCAAGUCUCCCCUAUUAUGUGGCACGCCACCACUCACCCCCACCCCCAUAUUGGAGAAGACCAGGUAUAAUUAUAAGCUAUCUAAUCUAAUAAAAUCUAUCUAUAUAUAACCUAAUCUAUAAUCUGUUUUUGAUAUAUAGAUAGAUAGAUAGAUAGAUAGAUAGAUAUUUUUUUAUUUUGUGUUUUUGUACUUUUUUAAAAAUUACUUUUCAUAACUUUUAUGAUUUUUUAAAAUAACUUUUAUGACUUUUAUAAAACUAUAUAACAGACAGAUAUGGAACAGGAAUGAUCAAAAAUGUUUCUGAACACUAUAACUACUUUGAACAACAGAACUAGGCUGUAAUAAUGUGAACUAUUUUACAUGUAAAAACAUUCUCAUACGAAGUAUGUGAACUGGGACGAAGGGCGCGUUUCGUUAUACAUGACAUUGUUAAAUCCCCGGCUCUCAGACACUCACUGAAUAGAGCAGACUCAGAGAGAGGUGUGAGUGCAGCAGGAAAGCAAGACCUCGCGCUUGCAGAACAGUACUGGUGACAUUUGGAAAGUUCCAAAGGUUUGUCCAAAAAGUCGCUAGAUUUGUCGUUAGGCGGUUUAAAAAAAAAAAAAAAAAGCCUCUAAAGGGGUCUGAAAAGUGGCUAAGGUGGCAACAUUGGUCUGCACUGCACUGAUAGCUAGAUAAAAGGCACGCUAAGC